CUAACCUGAUUUUUUUUUACCGCCAGAAAAAAAAGUGUUGAAAUAGAUAAAAACAACAAAAAAGAAGAAAAAGAAGAGCUAAUUCAAUCGAUGGAAUCCAAAAUGACCAUCACAAAUAAUCAAUCAAGUACAUCGAAUGUAUCAACAACUGUAGACGAAUCAAUGAAAAUUGAAAUAGAUACCGAUACAACUAAUCAACCGAUAAAUACAUCGGAUACGGAAAGUGAACAAAAUUGGAAUGAAAAUAACGUAGAUAAUGGUGAUGGAAAUACGAAAGAAGAAGAUAGUCAGGUUGAAGAUGAAAUUGAUGAUGAAGAUAAAAUAAUGGAUUGCAAUGGGAAUGAUCAAAAAAAUUCAACGAUUGAACAAAAAUUUCCCGAUUCAGAUGCAAUCAAAAUGUUUGUCGGUCAGAUACCGAAAAUAUGGAAUGAAUCUGAUUGUCAUAAAUUAUUCAAAGAAUUUGGUGAAAUUUAUUCAUUAAAAGUAUUAAGAGAUAAAGAAAGUGGACAAAGUCGUGGAUGUUGUUUUGUUACAUUUUUUAAUAGAAAAUCAGCAUUAUCUGCCCAGGAUGCAUUACAUAAUGUAAGAACAUUGGAAGAUAUGCAUAAUCCAAUACAGAUGAAACCAGCUGAUAGUGAAAAUAAACAAGAGAGAAAAAUUUUCAUUGGAAUGUUGUCGAAAAAAUUUAAUGAAAUUGAUGUUCGUCAAAUGUUUACACGUUUUGGUAAUAUUGAAGAAUGUCUGGUACUUCGCGAUUUAAACGGUAAUAGUAGAGGUUGUGCAUUCGUAACAUUCAGUACAAAACAAUGUGCAAUCAAUUCAAUUAAAACUAUACAUAAUUCAAUAACAAUGGAUGGUUGUUCAUCACCGAUUGUGGUUAAAUUAGCUUCCAAUAAUAUUCAACAACAACAGAUCACAUCAGUCAAUGGUAAACAUCAUCAUCAUCAUCAUCAUUUACAUCAUCCAUUAUCUGCAAAAGAUUUUUUCAAUAUCAACAACAAUAAUAACAACAAAGAACAACAAAUAUCAUCAUCAUCAGCAUCAUCGUCGACAAAUGUAAUAGCUCGAAAAUUAGUGCCACGUAUUUCGAAUGGUACAAAAAAUCUUCUAAAUAAAAAUCAUCAACAUUCUUUAUUUUUACAUCCGGCUCAUUCAUGUAUUGUUCAUCCAACACCACAAUUUGUAUCGUUAGCAGCGGCUGCUGCUGCUGCUGUUGCCGCUGCAGCAGCUUCUACAUCGACUACCAACAAUAAUAUCAACAUGACUACAUCGAAUAGUGGUAGUAGCCAGAAUAUGAAUAGCACAACAGAUUCUGGUUCCGGAUCAUCAGUAGUUUCAUCUGGUUCAUCAACACCGGCCAGUCAUGGACAUCCACAUCAUCGUCAUUACCAUAAUCAUAAUUAUUCGAAGAUUUCAUCGUAUCAUCGACAAUCAAAUGGUCAUCGUGAUAAAAAUGGUUCAUCUUCAAAUCAACAACAGCAACAACAAUAUCAAUCAAAUACGGCAGCAGCUGCAGCUGCAGCCGCUGCCGCUGCUACAUUGGCAUCAACGAAUCCUUAUCUUGCAUUGGCAGCUGUUGCCGCUGCAGCUCAACAACAAAAACAUCCACCAUCAUCAUCGACGACGACGACAACGAAUCAAUCUUCUCAACAGCAGCAACAACAACAAUCGAAUACCGAUAUGACAUCAUCAUCAAUAAUGAAAAUGAAUACAAUAGCUACUAAUACCAGCUCCGGAAAUCAUCCAUCUAUUUUUCCAUCAUUUUACAGUGAUCCUUCAGUGAAUCUUUUUAAUUAUCCAAAAACGACAGCCAAUGUUGCAAUGUUAAAAAAUACAGUUGGCCAACAUUCCUUAUUGUUCAAUAAUAAUAAUAAUGAACAAUUGAUUGUUGAUCCACAUCAUCAUCAUCAUCAUCAUCCAUAUCAACCAUCAUCGGAUUAUUAUCCAAUGGAUCCAUUGUAUAUGGUUACAAAUUGUUGGCCUAGUCAUCAUUCGGCCAUCAAUCAUCCAUCACCAUUCUAUUCAACAACAAAUAAUUGUUCACCAUUUUUUGGUUCAUUCUCACCUUCAUUUGUGAGGGGCCAUCACUAUCAUCAGCAUCAUUCACCACAUUUACAUCAACUAACAAAUGGAACAUUUGGAUUCGCACAUUUAGGACCAUAUUUAGCACAUCAAUAUAACAACAGUGUAACAUCACCAUCAUCAUCAUUAUUUGGGUCAUCGACUCUAGGUGUGAUAAAUAAUAAUAAUAAUGUCGCUGGAAAAUCAAUCAUCAAUAAUGGCGGAAGUAAUGGCAAAUCAAUAACGAAAAGUUUAACAUCAUCAACAUCGACAUGUUCAUCAUCGUCGUCAUCAUCAGCAUCAUCGAGUAACGUUAAUAUUGGUGUACAUCAUCAGCAGCCACAAGUAUUAGAAAAUCAAUCAACAAUAAUGAACAGUGCGGCUGUUGUGAAUAAACAACCAGAAGGACCGGAAGGAGCCAAUCUAUUCAUCUAUCAUUUGCCAUCAGAAUUUGGUGAUUUCGAUCUUACAACAAUGUUUUCAUCAUUCGGAAAUAUACUUUCAGCUAAAGUAUUUGUUGAUCGUUACACUAAUCUAUCCAAAUGUUUUGGUUUUGUUUCCUAUGAUAAUCCAUCAUCGGCACAUGCUGCCAUUCAUAUGAUGAACGGUUUUCAAAUUGGACCAAAAAGACUGAAAGUUCAAUUGAAAAGAAAACCAGAAAAGCCUUAUUGAUUUUCGAUUUUCCAAUCAUUUCAUUU